CCUAGGCCCAUGUCAAAAUCAACUUCCUCAAGCGCUUUGAUUUACUAAUUCCACUCUAUCUUUUGGGGAAAAAAAUGAAAACUCUCUCAUUGUCCACCACUUCCUUCUUCCUCCUCUUCUUCAUCUUCCUAACCCUAUUUUGUCCACCAUCAACUGGAGAAUCCCAAAGCAUCUGCAGGGGCUCAGUUUGCUACCGCAACGAGCCCGUCAUUCGUUUCCCCUUCCGGAUCCCGACCCAACAACUUGCCCCAUGCGGAUACGCGGGCUUUGAGGUGUCAUGCAAUGUCACGAACCAAACCCUCUUUCGCCUACCCAACUCAGGCUACUUCAGCAUCCAGGGCAUCGACUACGGUGAGCAGGAGAUCUGGAUCAACGAUCCUGACAACUGCUUGCCCCGUCGUAUCCUCUCCCUUAACCUCUCCGGAUCUUCCUUCACCGCGGUUUAUUAUCAGGAGUUUUCGUUCUUCAGAUGCUCCUCCUCGAACUAUAUCAAGUAUGGGCUGAACCCUGUCGCCUGCCUCAGCAGCCCGAAUUACACAGUCUUCGCCACCUCAUCUUACAAGGUUGUCGAGGAUCUGACCGGCUCGUGUGAGCUCAUGGCAGUGGUCCCAGUGCCAGUCCAGUGGCCAUUCUUUGAGCAGGUUCUAUCUUCAGACCUGAGCGACGACCUCCGACUCACAUGGGCAACGCCCCGGUGUGGUCGCUGCGAGUCUCGAGGAGGAAAGUGCGGGCUCAAGGUGAAUUCCAGUACUGAAGUCGAAUGCAGAAACGUCCCACAGCAUGGAAUACCUCGGGCUGCUCGAUAUGCGAUCACCUUUGGAGUCGGGGUCCCCGGGCUCAUGCUCAUCAUGGGACUAAUCUGCUGUGUAUGUGGCCGGGUCAAGUCCUUUACGAUACGACCGGACCACCAGGUCGCGGAGCUGGCCUCCUCUACAAUCACCUCGCAGGCGAAUGCUGUCUCGGGCCUUGAUGGGGCCACCAUCGAGUCGUAUCCCAAGGUAGUUCUGGGAGAGAGCAGGAGGCUCCCCAAGCCCGAUGACGCCACUUGUGCCAUCUGCCUUUCGGAGUACCAGCCUAAGGAGACCAUCAAGACCAUCCCUGAGUGCAAUCACGGCUUCCAUGCCGAGUGCAUCGACCAGUGGCUAGAGCUCAACGGAUCAUGCCCCAUCUGCCGGAACUCUCUAGAGCGGCCAAUGGGGACGAUGGAUGCUGUGUGACCGGAAAUUGUUUGAUAGUAUUGCAUUGGGCCCGUCCUAUUCAUUCCCUUGCUUUAUUUAUUUGUACAUGGAAUGGAGUAAAUCUCCCUUUUAUCUUCGUCAUUAGUUGAUUUUGGAGUUA